AGGAGAGGGAGUGAUAGGACAAGCGCGGCGGUUGAUGCGAGACACAGGGACAGAAGGAUGCAGGCCGAUGGUAUGCAGCGGAGUGAUAAUAUGCGACACAGGGAGAAUUUGCGACAGAGUGCCGAUACGAGCCGUAGCGUGGUGGCAGGGGUCCGGAGGCUGAGUUUGGUCGCAGGGGAUAGCCGGGAGGAAAGUGGGGACGAAUUAACGGGGUGUGGAAAUAGUGCGGGUGCUGAGAGAAUAGUGGGCUUGGCUGAGCCGUUGGAGAGGGAUGAGGGUAUACGGAUACCAAAGUACAUCGGUACCGGAAUAGGCCGAGCCGAUCGAUUGCGGGACGGGGCCCCGGUGAACGCUCGCACACCAGCUUAUAUGAGUCAUGUACGGCAUGAUAUUGGUGGGCCUAUACCUUAUGUUAGUGAUGUGAGAGAGCCAGGGCAUACGCCCAGCGCUACCGGGUCAAGGCGUAGUAGUAUGAUGAAUAGUGGACAAAUAAGGAGGAGUGAUAGUCGAUCUGGGGAUAUACGAACUGGAGAUAGGCCAUUCACUGGCGAUGCAAUAGGGCAAGGGAAGACACCCGGUUGUACGGGAUCACGGCGUAGUAGUCUGGUGAGUAGUGGUCAAUUAAGGAGGAAUGGCACCACGCUCAAGCCGGAACCUGAGUUACUUAGCAACAGGCGAGAAGGGACUGGGAGCACCGAGUUGGCCAAUGGACUGAGCACUCACGAUCCGUUCGAGGAGAAGAAUGUCCGUGCGUGUCUUGAGUGUGUGCAAAUGCCCAAUCACUGUGUGUUCCGCUGUUUAGAGGAGAGUGCGCCUCCAAUAAGCGACAACCGAAAGAGCCUCAGAAAAUCUGUUGUGCUCGCCGAUGGUAUGGCCUACGUUGUAGUCAAAUGCAUUGGCGUGGGUGCGUGGGCGAAGGUCUACUUGGCAGAACACACCGACCCGCCACAGCACCACAGCACACAACUGUACGCCAUGAAAGUCACUAGGCGGGCCAUUGGUCAGUGGGAGUCCUACAUCGCACAUGAGCUGCAGCGACGCUUUAAGCUGCUGCCACCACACCUCAGCACCACCACAAACUACCGUGUCUUUGGACAGGCACACAACCUGCAUGUGUAUGCGGAUGCAGCCAUAGUCAUGGUUGACUAUUUAGUAUGGAGAAUCCCCGAUUCUGAUUGGUCGCCGGAUAAAAACCCGGACUGGGAAGAAUUCGGACUGCAGCUGAUCGACUUUGGACGCAGUGUAGACUGUGCGCUAUACCCAGCGCAAACUCAGUUUUCGGGGUCAAAUAAAACCGAGGGGUUUAUUUGUAUGGAGAUGGCUGCUCACAGGCCAUGGCGCUAUCAGGUGGACACCUUCGGAGUGCUUGGCAUCAUCCACUGCCUGUUCCAUAAGAGAUAUAUGAGUGUUGAGAAACGCGGAUCGCGGUGGAAGCCCAAAGAAGCCUUCAAACGCUAUUGGCAGGCCGAUUUAUGGGCCGAGCUUUUCGAUACGUUCUUGAAUAUCAAUCCUGCAGAUGAGGCUCCCAGCUUGGCACCAUACCGGAUUAGGAUUGAAAGGGAAUUGCGGGAUCCAAAGCGAGUUUGUAAGUUGAAUGCUCAAUUGAAGGAACAAAUAUCGCUAGUUCAGCGCUAUAGGGCUAGUACAGGUGGAAAGGUACGACGAUAAUAAUAAAAAAGUAGUAGAAAG